UACGAUAAUAAGAAAGAUCCUGCAUGGGAUGAGAAAGCCAGGAAGCUCUAUUGGGCCGGGAGUACCACUGGUAGUUAUAGUUGGAAUGGUACAUGGCGGCAUGCCCACCGACAACGUUUUGUGAAAUUGGUACAAACAUUGAAUGGUACUAACUAUACAUAUCUUCGAGAACUCAAGUCUGGAUACUGGGUGAGCUACCAGACUAUCGAGGAUCAUGGUAGCUUAUUUGAUGUCAAAUUUACUGAUGUUAUUCAAUGCGAUGUUUUGGAUUGCGAAGAGCAGAAUCAGUUCUUUACAAUUAGCAAAAGAGAAGCCCACAGCCAGCAGUUCAGUGCCCAAUUCGCGUUUGAUACUGACGGCAACUCUUUCAGUGGGCGAUUUUAUACAUUGCUGCAAUCACGAAGCGUCGUUCUUAAGCAAUCUGUUUUUCGUGAAUGGCACGACGAGCGUCUUGUGCCGUGGGUGCAUUUCAUCCCUGUUAGCUUAUCUAUGAACGAAAUACCAGAAGUUAUGCGAUACAUGACGACUCAUGAGGAUGGAAAGAAGAGGGCAGAAGAGAUUGCCGAGGCAGGUCGUGCAUGGCAUGGAAAGGUUUUGAGAAAGGCAGACUUCACAGUCUAUCUAUACCGUCUUAUGUUAGAACUAGCGAGAGUUAUGAAACCUACACGACUGGUUGAAAGCUAA